GUAGUUCCUUCCGCCUCCCCGUUGGAGCGUCUAGAUUCGAUCUCACCCCUUGUUGACCUCCUCGAAAUAGCUUCGGUCCCUCGGUUCUCUUUGGUCCCUUAUCAUGGUCUUCAGUGCGUACGUAGAGGAGCAGCGUGAUCUGCGGUGGGUGACGGUUACGUUGACGAGUAUUGCGACGAUCUUGCUGUGCUGCCGGUUGAUAACCACAUGGAGGAAUAGAGGCUGGCUGGGUAUGGAGGACGCGUUCGUUGUAUCUGCGAAUAUCUUCCUGGUUGCUUUCACGGCAAUGGUAUACAUGUCGACAACAUACGGAUUUGGCACGCAUGCAGUGGAUAUCAAGAAGUCUGGAGGUAAUAUUUCGAAGGCGAUGCAGUUCUUCUGGCUAACACAGGUGUUCUACACCCUGUGCAACGGACUCAACAAGAUGUCGUUUCUGGCACUAUACUACCGUGUCUUCGCCAUCAAGCCCUUUCGACGAGCUUGUAUGACUAUGAUGGCCAUUUGUAUCUCUUGGACAGUCUCCUAUGUCUUUGUCGCAAUUUUCCAAUGCACGCCAAUUCAUAGGACCUGGGAUAGGACAGUGCCUGGACACUGUAUCAACUUCUUCUGGCAUCGCUGGUCGAACGCGAUUUCCAAUCUUGUCACCGACCUCAUCAUCUUCUUCAUGCCAAUGCCCGUAAUUAUGCGCUUAAAAAUGUCCGUCGGCAACAAGAUUGGCCUCAUCGUCCUCUUCUCUAUGGGAUUCUUCAUUUGCCUCAUUACCAUGCUCCGCAUGGCGACCUUACCACUCACUUUGAAGACCAAGGAGCCAACCUGGGAAUCAGCACCGACGAACCUCUGGUCUUUCAUUGAGGCCGCAGUAGGCGUGAUUUGUUCUUGUCUCAUCAGUCUCCGAAAGAGCAUCUCUUCCCUUUGGCCGGCCAGGUGGCGGAGCACCAAGGGAUCUAGCUACGGACAGUAUGGACAGUACGGGCAGCCUGGGUCUGGCAAAGCAAUUUCUGGACUCGGUCGCAGCGGUCAGCAUGGCACUGCAGGCAUGUAUCCACUGGAGUCGCUAGAGUCUGUGAAGAAUAAGAUGCCUGGAAAGACCAUAUCGUGA